CGCCGCGGGGGCCGGAGGGCGGAGGGCGGAGCGGCCGUCGGGGCGCAUGGACGGGCCCGGGGCGCGGGGCCCGCGGCGCCGCCAUGAGGAAGCAGAGCGUGCGCACGGCCGCGCUCAUCCUGUGCAUCCUGUCCUACCUGCUGGUGGGCGCCGCCGUCUUCGACGCGCUCGAGUCCGAGGCGGAGCGCGGCCGCCAGCGGCUGCUGGCCCAGAAGCGCGGCGAGUUCCGCAGGAAGUACGGCUUCUCGGCCGAGGACUACCGCGAGCUGGAGCGCCUGGCGCUGCAGGCCGAGCCGCACCGCGCCGGCCGCCAGUGGAAGUUCGCCGGCUCCUUCUACUUCGCCAUCACCGUCAUCACCACCAUCGGGUAUGGCCACGCCGCGCCAGGCACAGACUCGGGCAAGGUCUUCUGCAUGUUCUAUGCGCUCCUGGGCAUCCCCCUGACGCUGGUCACCUUCCAGAGCCUGGGCGAGCGCCUGAAUGCGCUGGUGCGGCGCCUCCUGCUGGCGGCCAAGCGCUGCCUGGGGCUGCCGCGGCCACGGGUGUCCACCGAGAACAUGGUAGUGGCCGGGCUGCUGGUAUGCGCCACAACCCUGGCCCUCGGGGCCGCUGCCUUUGCGCACUUCGAGGGUUGGACCUUCUUCCACGCCUACUACUACUGCUUCAUCACCCUCACCACCAUCGGCUUCGGCGACUUCGUGGCGCUGCAGAGCGACGAGGCGCUGCAGAGGAAGCCGCCCUACGUGGCCUUCAGCUUCCUCUACAUCCUCCUGGGGCUCACGGUCAUCGGCGCCUUCCUCAACCUCGUGGUCCUGCGCUUCCUGGCGGCCAGCACCGACGCUCCCGAGCGCGCCGCCCGCCGCUCCAGCCCGCUCCGCCUGGGGGCGCCCGAGAGCCGCGGCCGCUCCCCGCCCCGCCGCCCCAUCCGCGCCCGGGGCUCCACCUCCGUGUCCUCGCGCGUGUACCAGCUGCAGAUGGGGGCCCGCGACAACCUGGGCUUCUCGCCUCCCUCCAGUCCUGAGGCUGUGGGCAGCGGCGGGGCGGGCAGGCUCCCGGCCCGGCGGAAGUCCAUCUGACAGCCCAGCUCCGGCCUGGGCCCAGGGUCACCUGUCAGUGCACCCUCCCCAGAGCUCAGAGAGGGGUGAAGGGCUGUGGCCUCCAGGCCGUCUUCAGCCACGGGCAGUCUGUCCUUCCCUUUUGUGGCCAGCCCCUAAAGCCGCACCAUAAGCACGAGGGCCACGCUUCAGCUGCCCUGUAGGCGCAAAUCCCUUGUGGUUCAAAUUGUUUCGGGAAGGCGUGGCCACAUCAGCACCCCCCAGGAGAGGCUCUCCACCAGCCCGCCCUCUGGAGUGGGAACAGGUGGCCAUUUUUCUGUUGCAACAACAGGCAGGUUUUCCGUGUUUGAGGGGAGAUGGGCGACCUUCAGCACUGGAAUCAGCAGUGGGGCCAGCCACUCACAGCGCCAGCAACACAGGGAUCCGAUGGUCGGCAGGAAACAUCUGUGCAGUGGGGAGGAGUGGCAAAUCCGUACUAUUUAAAUGAUCGUUCAUUCUCUCGCUGUUUGGUGUAGAGUGGAAUUGGCCCAUGUGUGAAUGCAGCACACCCUCCCCUCCUCCUCAUCUGCUGCUCUUCAUCCUUGGCCAUGCCACCUCAGGAUGAGGGGGGCCUUGCUGACAACCCCCACACCCCUGGGGCACCUGGACGCAGCAUCCUGCUGUGGGAAGAGCCCUUGUCUGGGACCUGCCCAUCAUGUGACCUUGGGGAAUGUCAUCUCCUACCUGGGCUUCAGUUUCCAGCUCUGUAAUAGGACCGGAAUCCGCCACCCCCCUCCGCCCCAGCCGCCGUGCAUCUCUAGAAGGUUCCGCGCCCACAGUGGGGCGUGCUGGCAUCCUGCAGCAUCCGCUCCUUCACACACCAACUACCCCUGGCUUCCCAGACAGAACUCUCAACACAAAGCAGAGCGAGCCGGGUUAGAAAAGCCAAAAACUUUAAUUUUCAACAUGAGCUACAUGGUCAUAAACACAAUGCAACGUGAGCCGCACCCGCCCAGGGGCCCCGGAAACCCUCCCUCCCCAAAAUCCCGAGCAGCUCCUGCUCCCGGAGAGGGAGUGAGGGAAAAGCGGGCGGAUGGAAAGGCCCCCAGCCUGAGGACCCCGGGGUCCGGCCUCCCUGCCACCCUCUUAGGAGGCAGCCUUGGAGUGAAAGGGUUCAAGAUGUGCUGCCUGAGGCCCCAGGUUCAAGUCUCCACUUGGCCCUCACAAAGUGCCAGUCCUCAUCGCUGGGAGUGCGGUGGGCACAGUCUGCCUCCCCCACAGGGCAUGUGAGUCAGACGUGACGGCUUUCCGUCCACUCUGAAGUGCUGCUAUACAGACAGGGGGCCCUCCCAGAGAGCCAAGGGGAUCGUUACUGGGGAGCGGGAGGGGGCUUGGUCCCCUGGGCCCGGCACAGCGCUGCUGCUCAAUAAAUAAAUGCAGGUGGCCUUGCCUG